AUGGAGAUGCUCCAGGGGCUGCUGCUGUGGCUGCUGCUGAGCGUGGCCGGGGUGUGGGCACCCAGGGGGCCACUGCGGCCGCUGUGCCGGCCCAUCAACGCCACCCUGGCCGCUGAGAACGAGGCCUGCCCUGUCUGCAUCACCUUCACCACCAGCAUCUGUGCCGGCUACUGCCCCAGCAUGGUUCGGGUGCUGCCGGCUGCCCUGCCGCCUGUGCCCCAGCCAGUGUGCACCUACCGCGAGCUGCGCUUUGCCUCCAUCCGGCUCCCCGGCUGCCCGCCUGGUGUGGACCCAAUGGUCUCCUUCCCCGUGGCCCUCAGCUGUCACUGCGGGCCCUGCCGCCUCAGCAGCUCUGACUGUGGGGGUCCCAGAGCCCAGCCCUUGGCCUGUGACCGCUCCCCUCACCCAGGCCUCCUCUUCCUCUAA